CCACCCGCGCAAAGCCACGCGGCGUAGAAUUUCAGGUGGCGUCAAAAUACCAGGCGCGGUGAACCGAGCGGCGGCGCCCGGCGCCGACUGCCUGCCUAUGUGCACGAGACUGCUGAUAGAUGGUGCGCGCGUCGCUGUGGUGUGCUCCUGAGGUUCAAGCUAGGUCGUGCCCUGAGGAGAGUCAAGCGAGGUCAUCAAAGUGGCCUGUACAGACUGCGUGGACCAAAGUCACACACCUCCAGCGAUGCCGCGCCGCCGCUAGCGCCGCCUGGCGUCGAGUCGCGGAGUCAGCCGAGGGCCGGCGGCGAUGCUGAGCAUCAUGGAGCAGCCCCCGGUCGACCCGCUUCCACGGCCGACUGUAGAUGGCGCCAGCGACGCUGUGGACGCCUCCAAAGCCUCCAGUCUGCCCGGCGCCGAGGAGGCGGCUGUGAAAGACGCCAACGGAGCGCAGAAUGGCGUCGAAUCGAUCUCAGGGGAUGUGGAUUCUACCUCAAAGCCCAGCGCUGCCGCCACCUCGGGUGGCGACGCUGGUAGUGAUGUGGCCAGUGGUGAUGUGAACUCAGACUCGGGUGUCAAAGAGUCGCUAUUGGAACCCGCCGCGAAUGGUCUAGACCCAGUGAAUAGUGCCGAUACAGCAGUGACUCACGACCCGGUGACCAAAUCCGAGACUGAUGAUCAGUCGGACACCGCGACUAUCUCGGACACCAAAGUGCCGAGCUCGACCGCCGCGGUGUCUGAUUGUGACGCGCCCAUUGUGGUGCCCGACUCGGACACUAGUGCUGAGGCGGUGGCCAGCGAGUCGCUCAAUGUCUCGCGGAGUGAACUGGACGAGACUCGUGAGGAGCUGGAGCUGCGCCUGUCGGGCUCAGAGGGCUCCGAUCCGGCGCCGGAGGACGAGGACCUCCUGCUGAGAGACGACCCGGAGCUGGUCGGCUCGCCGGCGAAGGAGGGUCCGGUCUGCUCCUCACCCCGUCCGACGGAAGACGGGCCGAAGAACAGCACCCCCACCCCCACCGCCGGUGACGACACCCCUGCCACCGCCGUCGACGACAAGCCUGUCGAUAACGACGAACUGGCCGGCACCGACCAACCCUCUGAGCCAGUCAGCGCCUCACCGCAGUCACCCGACCCCUCGACGGCAAACCCUUCAGCUUCAUCCUCCCCAUCCAAACCGUCAUCUCCAGCGAGCGCUUCAUCAAAACCUACCUCACCCUCCAAACCCUCUUCGCCUUCACUAGCUGCCGCGGAUCCCUCCGCAGAAGCCGGAGCUGAUGCUGUCAUGGCUGAUGCUGGUGAAGUCAAAUCCUCCGAAGGUGACGCUUCCCAUACUGAUGCCGCUGAAGCCGAUGCGGGUGACGAAGACGAAGCCCAGUCGUCUGCCGAUCCUGUCGACCUACCAGACGACAUGUUCGAGAGCGCGGCUGCGCUGAACGCUGCCGAGGAGGAAGAGGAACGCGUCCGUCGCGAGGCGAAACUCCUCGAGAGGCGGCGCACCGCGCUGCUGGCCGCGGAUUCCAUGGACUCCAACGGAGAUUCCAUGGACGUGGACGACGCGCUGCCGCCCUCGGACGUCGGCGAUGAGACGUCCAUGGACGUGCCGGACGGAAAUGAUGACGUGACGUUAGACGUUCCUGAUGAGGUGACCCUGGACGGUCCUGAGGAUAGUGUCGACCCGGAGAGCUCCAUGCCAAGCAGUGCUGCUGGCGGUGACGACGACGACCCCGACGAUCCUGCAGAAGUUGAUGACGGUGGCGAUGUUGAAGACAACGCCGCAGGAUCGGGUGGAGAUGUGGACACGCCGGACAUACAGCUGGACUCGGAGGACGCCAACGAUGCGACCUCCAACGACCACGAGGUCGUGCUGGAGGACGCUGAGGACUCUCCGCGUCCGGAGGACUCCCGUGGAGCCGCCGAGGACUCCCGUGGAGCCGCGGAGGACUCGCGUGACGUCAGUGAGUCGCCGGCGGCCUCCCGCAAGCGGCCGCCGUCUCCGCUGUCCGCCUCGGAGGGCAGUAAAGUGAGACGGCUGGAGACGCCCACCCGGCCGUUCAUAGCCGUCAAAAAGGUUCAGCUGAACGAGAGCAACCUGCGUAUUCUGCAGGAGUCUCAGGAGCGUGACCGGCUGCGUCUGGAAGAGUCCGCCGCCGCCAGCGCCGCCUCUGUCAGCUCAGCUUCACCACCAGCUACUGCAGCGGCUCCAGCACCAGCACCAGCGGCGGCUGGGGCGACGUCAGGGGCCGCGGUGAAUGGCGUCAAGAGCUCCCUCCUGCAGCGCGUCAAACAGCUGACCAGGGAGGACCUGGAGACUCUGGUUCUGGAGAAGAUGUGUGAGGCCAUCGCCAGCCGAAGUGUAAUCGGUGACAUGAAGAAGUCCGCCGAGAAACACGUGGUCGCCGCCGAGCGGUUCCAGAAGAAAAUCACUCAUCUACAGAAACAGGUGGGCGACCUUCAUCUGGUGGUCCGGAAGCUCUCUGCCGAACUCAAGUCGCGGAAGGCGCCCAGCUAUCCGGUGAAGAUAACGCGCACAGUGGGACUGCAGGUCACUCUGGCGAAGAGCGUGCCACCUCUGACGAGCCGGCCGCGACCGCCGCCCUCGUCGCCCGGCGCCCCCACCAGCGGCACAGCUGACACCCCUAUCAGCGCCCCUGUAUCUGGCGCCCCUGCGGGCGUCCCGGUCACAAACGGGGUGCUCAGGGCGCACCUGACCUCCACCUCUCCGAUACGGGCGCGCCAGGUCUACUCCCGGUCGCCGGUGCCCCAGGGCCAGGUGCAGUUCCGGACCGCGCAGCCUCAGUCGCCCUCCCACAGCUACCGGGGAGCCCGGAGGGGCCGGCCGCCCGGCGUCACGCCAUCCCCGGUGUCGGGUACCACGGUGGCGCUGGUACCGGUGGUACGCACCAUGGUACCGAUCGGCUCCGUAUCGCUGCCGGGGAUAUCCUCCUCGCCGCAGCGGACCGUUGGAGUCGCGCCCGCCGCCGCUGCGGCUGCAGUACCCAAGUCCCCGCCGGUGUACGCCAACGCGCGCGGCCGGCCGGCCGGCGGCCACCCGCCCCGGCCCGGCGCGUCGCUCGCCGGAGGAGGAGGAGGGGCGGCCGAUGUGGUGGACCUCACCGACGACGACGACCCCAAGCGGCCGACGGCGGCGACGGGCCGCGGCACGCCGGUGACGUCGCCGCGCAGAGGAGGGAUCACCUCGGUCACGCCGGUGACCCGCGUCGGUGCCGGUAUGACGCCGAUCCGGCUCAAACAUCCGGCACCGUUCCCAGUCACGCCGCCGAACCCGGCCGUACACACGGGCCAGCUGCUGCCACCGCCGCCCCUGCUCAAAGUCACCCGACGAGCCAACGGUAUCGUGCUUUCGUGGAACAUGGAGCUGACCUCUCGCCACGCCACUGUGGUCAGCUACCACCUGUUCGCUUACCAGGAGGCCGGACCGGUCAACCUGCGCGCCAACCCGUGGAAAAAAGUGGGCGACGUGCGCGCCCUGCCGCUGCCCAUGGCCUGCACACUGACACAGUUCCAGGAGGGCCACAAGUACCACUUUGCCGUGCGCGCCGAGGAUAGCUUCCGCCGGAGAGGGCCCUUCUCCAACCCCAGCUCGAUCGCCCUGAUCGGAUCCUAGCCGCUGAGAUCGCCGCCGCCGCCGCCGCCGCCGCCAGGCUUGUCACUGCCCGUCAACUGAUUCGGCGUCUGCUACUAAAUCUGGACGUCGGGUGUCACCUAUGGCGUUGUCCAAAUACCUUGGCUCUAGCUGAUUUUUCUUCCUGUGUGCUGCUCUAAAUGGUUCUUCCUCUGAUGUUUCCCUUCAUGAUUUCCCCUCCUUCCUUCUACGUUUGUUCGUCGAUGUACUUUCAUCCAUAAUUUUCUUAAUCGUCCUAUCACCAGAGCUCAGUCUGGUUUCAUUCCGCCCGACUCCUAUGCAGGGUAAAGCUCGCCUGACUAUAUUUUCCUGAGAACAUGCUAGGUGGUGCAGAUGAUAUCCAAAAUCCAAAUGCUUUCUUGUUCACCCCCUGUGAAUUUCGCGCCGGUUUUGAAAAUUGGCUUUGUCACCUCGGAUGCUUGUCAAAACUGGAGUAUCUGUGGCCAGUGCGGCACGUGUGGUGUAUGCGGCGCUACAAAUUACGCGGUGCGGUGGGACGAAUGUGGCGCGGUGUCGGUUCUUUUCUUGCCUCGGUUUCGACGUAGGAUCGGUGUGCGUUCCAGGCGGAUGGGGCGCCGGCAAGGGCGAUCGCAGCGCCAUCUGUAAGAUGUCAGUGCGACCACAGCGCCACCUGUACUAGUUUAGUGCGACUACAGCGCCAUCUAAAGCAGUUCAGUGCGGUGCCGUAUUUCGUAUGUUAUUAGCAAAUGCGUUUCGUUGUGUAUGGGUGGUCGGGCCGAGGGCGAGAGUGAAUUGGUUUGCACUUGAGGCCUGUGUUUUAUUGGUCGUGUCAGCGCACCAACGCAUUAGCGAUGUGAGAAUGACUGGCGAACGAGCACCUCCUCCUGAUGCAAGAAAUUCUCUGUGAGGAUUUGCAUGACGUCAGACCUAGAGUCAAAAUGACGUGACAGCAAGCCGUAUCGUUAUGUUCUCGUUCUGACGGUGUGCCGUUGUGGGGCGGUGUGCUGCUGACCGCAGGCCAUCUACUGUAAUUGAGCAGCAGCGCGCCCUGUCUUGGAACUGCAAAGGGAAGGCAGAGAUGGGAGCUGUAGGGGAAGGGGGUGGUCGGGCAGGGGUAAUGAAUAAACUUGACCUCCGCGCGCGACUGUGAAGAUCCUCUGUGGUUUGUUCUCGUGACACAAUACAUCAAUAAACAGUG